AUGGCACAGCCCCUGGAGGUCCUCCCCAUACUUCUUCAGAGGGAAGGAAAGAUCAAUGCAGACAGCAGUUUCUCUUCUCUUCACAAACUGCCCCAAUUCUUCCGGUCUUUCACGACCCAGCUCUUCCUGCAAACCCUCACUGAUCCCUGCGAGAAUGAUGAAUCAGUGAAAGAAGAGAAAUCUGACCUAAAAGAGAAAUCCACAGGAAAUAAGAAGGCUAAUCGAUUUCAUCCUUAUUCAAAAGACAAGAAUUCAGCCACUGGAGAAAAGAAGGGUCCAAACCGUAACAGAGUUUUCAUUAGCAACAUCCCCUAUGAUAUGAAAUGGCAAGCUAUUAAAGACCUCAUGAGAGAGAAAGUCGGUGAGGUUACAUACGUGGAGCUCUUUAAGGAUGCGGAAGGAAAAUCAAGGGGUUGUGGUGUGGUUGAAUUCAAAGAUGAAGAAUUUGUAAAGAAAGCACUAGAAACUAUGAAUAAAUAUGAUCUUAGUGGAAGACCCCUGAAUAUAAAAGAGGAUCCUGAUGGAGAAAAUGCUCGUAGGGCAUUGCAACGAACAGGAGGGUCAUUUCCAGGAGGCCAUGCUCCUGAGAUGGGGUCAGGGUUGAUGAAUUUGCCGCCAUCCAUUCUUAAUAACCCAAACAUUCCUCCUGAGGUCAUCAGCAACUUGCAGGCUGGUAGACUUGGUUCCACAAUUUUUGUUGCUAAUCUGGACUUCAAAGUUGGUUGGAAGAAACUGAAAGAAGUGUUCAGCAUAGCUGGAACUGUAAAGCGGGCAGAUAUUAAAGAAGACAAAGAUGGCAAGAGCAGAGGAAUGGGCACAGUCACUUUUGAGCAAGCAAUUGAAGCAGUUCAAGCAAUUUCUAUGUUCAAUGGGCAGUUUUUAUUUGACAGACCUAUGCAUGUGAAAAUGGAUGACAAGUCUGUCCCUCAUGAAGACUACCGAUCACAUGAUAGUAAAACACCACAAUUACCACGUGGCCUUGGUGGCAUUGGAAUGGGACUUGGUCCAGGUGGACAGCCUAUUAGUGCCAGCCAGUUGAACAUUGGUGGUGUAAUGGGAAAUUUAGGCCCAAGUGGUAUGGGAAUGGAUGGUCCAGGUUUUGGAGGAAUGAAUAGGAUUGGAGGAGGAAUUGGGUUUGGUGGUCUGGAAGCAGUGAACAGCAUGGGAGGAUUUGGCGGAGUGGGCCGGAUGGGAGAACUGUACCGUGGUGCGAUGACUAGUAGCAUGGAGCGAGAUUUUGGACGUGGUGAUAUUGGAAUAAAUCGAGGCUUUGGAGAUUCGUUUGGUAGACUUGGAAGUGCAAUGAUUGGAGGGUUUGCAGGAAGAAUAGGAGCUUCUAACAUGGGGCCAGUAGGAUCUGGAAUAAGUGGUGGCAUGGGUGGCAUGAGCAGUGUGACUGGAGGCAUGGGCAUGGGUUUGGACCGCGUGAGCUCCAGCUUUGACAGAAUGGGCCCGGGCAUUGGCGCCAUCCUGGAGAGGAGCAUCGACAUGGACCGAGGAUUUUUGUCCGGGCCCAUGGGGAGCGGGAUGAGAGAGAGAAUAGGCUCCAAAGGCAACCAGAUAUUUGUCAGAAAUCUGCCUUUUGACUUGACUUGGCAGAAAUUAAAAGAGAAAUUCAGUCAGUGCGGUCAUGUAAUGUUUGCAGAAAUAAAAAUGGAGAAUGGAAAGUCAAAAGGCUGUGGAACAGUCAGGUUUGACUCCCCAGAGUCAGCUGAAAAGGCCUGCAGAAUAAUGAAUGGCAUCAAAAUCAGUGGCAGAGAAAUUGAUGUCCGCUUAGAUCGUAAUGCGUAAUUUCAACUACGGUUGGACCAUUCCUUCAUUUGUUUUUGCUGAAUCUUCUAGUAAAAGUCAUUUUUUUGUUGUUUUAGUAAUACUGUAUACUUAACAAAAGCUGUAAAAAAUGAACUUUUAAAAUUCCCACCAGCUUUCCACAGUAUAAUGUUAAAAAUAUACUGUGAUAUUUGUUAAUCUUAUGUUGGGUUUCAAAAAACAGCAAGUCUGGUCAUUCAGUUUAAAUGAAUGGUUAUACUGUUUUUAAAGAAGUAAGCCAUUUUCUUGUUUUCAUUAUCACGUAGUAGGGUUGGUUUGUUCUAGUUGCCCCAGCUCUUACCAAGUUAUUGUAAGGUAAAAGAUAGAUGGUUUUUUUAAAACUUUGGUUUUAUAAUCUAAUUGUUCGUGAAAAGAAGGGCUCAGACUAAUCAGAAUAUGAUUUCAGUUGGUUUUAAAGUACUUUUCUUUAGCAUAAAGAAUUGCUAUAAGUGUUAGAUUAUAAAGUUAAAGAUGUUUUUAUUUGAUUUAAACGAAGAAAGGGAUCUUUCCUUCUCUGUACUCCCAUUUACAUUUUUCACAUAACACUAUUAAAAUCAACCUCCACAGCCCCUUAUUUUAUUAUUUCCAAUAAUCCCAAGUUCAUACAGAACUGAUAGUGUAGUGAGCCCCAUGUACAGUAAUAGGCAGACUAUUCCCAACUUUCUGUCUAAUUUCCAGCCAUUAAAGUGAACUGCUAGAAAAAGAAAAACAAUGGAAAUGUUGAGGGAGACAGCUAUGUAAGUGAGUCCUACGCU